AUGACCCCCCCAAGAAGAUACGAUAUAAUCAUAGUCGGGGCGGGCGUGGCCGGCAUCAAUACGGCCUAUCGCAUCCAGACCAUGCUACCCAACUACUCAUAUGCCAUUCUGGAAGCUCGAGACGUUGCGGGCGGUACCUGGGACCUCUUCCGGUACCCCGGAGUGCGCCUCGACACUGGCAUCCACACGUUCGGAUUCCCGUGGCAGACAUAUCACCAUGACAAGACUAUGCUGGAUGGUAGUUCCAUGUUGGAAUAUAUCAACAGUAGCGCGAAGAAACAUAAGAUUGAUAAUCACAUCUUAUUCGGCCAUCAGCUUAAAAAACUGAAUUGGGAUACCCAGGAAAGCCAGUGGACCUUGACAGCGGAGUAUCAAGAUCAAGAGCCCCGUUUCACCGCAAAAUUCGUAAUCUUCGCGACGGGAUACUACGAUUAUGAGCAGCCGCUCCCAGCCGAAAUACCGGGCUUGAGCCGCUAUAAAGGAGUGGUCGUACACCCACAAUUCUGGCCUGAAGACCUCGAUUAUGCCGGAAAAAGGAUCGCUGUGAUCGGCAGCGGUUCGACCGCAAUCUCAAUGGUUCCCAAGCUCGCAGAGACAGCAUCGGCCGUAACCAUGAUCCAGCGAAGCCCGAGCUACAUUGUGUCCAUCCCUGAUAGUGUAGAUACAUGGUUGAGCCGACUACUGCCUGUCACGGUAUUGCACAUGCUCAAGCGCUAUAGGUUCAUGGCGGUUAUGCUGGCGAGCUAUUACUUCUGUCGAAACUUUCCUCGACUCGCAAAAUAUAUUUUGCUGAGGCUGGCUGGCUAUCAGCUCCCCGACCAUGUUCCCCUGUCGCCUCAUUUUACACCCAAAUAUGACCCGUGGGAUCAGCGUCUGCUGGCAUGCCCUGAUGGGGAUUUCUUCCGAAGUUUGCACACGGGAAAAACCAACAUCGAGACAGCGAACAUCAAGACAGUCACUGAGAGUAGUGUUGUUCUCGACAACGGCCGCUUCAUCGACGCAGAUAUCAUUGUAACUGCGACAGGCCUUCGGUUACAGAUCGGGGGUGGAGCACAAUUCGAAUUGGACGGAAAACCGUGUGAUAUUGCUGAGAAGGUCAUGUGGAAAGGCAUGAUGCUGCAGGAUAUUCCCAACUGCUUUUUUGUCCUGGGGCAUCUGACAGAUGCGUCAUGGACUCUUGGAGCAGACGCAGUCGCCCUACUGAUCCACCGGAUGAUAAACCAUAUGGACAAGGAAGGUAUUCGGGCGGCUACUCCUCGCAUGUAUGGCUCGCCAGGCAAGCCUUCUCAGCUUUGGAAAUUGAAUGCCAACUAUAUGCUGAGGGGUGAAAACAACGUACCCAGGGCGGGCGAAAAUGCACCAUGGAACCCUCGGACAAAUUACAUCUUGGAUUAUUUUGAUGCUCGGUAUGGAUCAUUUGACUCAUGUAUGGAGUUUUCAGGGGGUUACGGGAAUGGUAUGUGUGACGUGAGUGAAUUCGUGAAGGAGAAAUAG